AUAGGAUGAAUGGAUAUUGUGGAGAGCAGCGUCUGAUUACAGACACGCCAGCAGGCUUCAGAGCGGCAGGACGCUUAUUUGCGGAGCGAGAAGCGCCAUUUAACUCUCCUCUGAGGGAAAUUAAGCCCGUUUUCCGCUUUUAAUUCCGCUUUAACCCGGAUCUGACAGCACAGCCCCGCAGUUUGGUCGCUGGUUCUGGAGGUCUGAGGUCGGCAUUAAUGGCUGCGGCGGGCCGACUGUCGACGGAGUGAAACCCUGCAGGGAUGUCGCAGUUUGUGGGGGUGUGAACUGAGGAAUAUCGGUGUUUGACGGCCGGACGGGAGGCUCCAGAGUUUGGUCUGUUCCGCCUGCGCGGAGUUAAACAGGGCGCUGGGGAAACGGGCCGUCUUCUGUCUGGACGCCUGUCCAUCUGUGUUUUCGUCUCUGAUAAGUCUCGUGUGCAGCCGCCAUCAUUCCGUGCUGCGGCGCCGACCCCAACAUGUCUUCCAACGGAGACGUCAGCGACCUGAGCAGCUCCGACAGCUUCUGGGAGCCGGGUAACUAUAAAAGGACGGUGAAACGGAUCGACGACGGCCACCGGCUGUGCACCGAGCUCGUCACCUGCUUCCAGGAGAGGGCCAAGAUCGAGAAGAGCUACGCUCUUCAGCUGAGCGACUGGGCCAAGAGAUGGAGAGGCGUCGUUGAAAAAGGCCCUCAGUAUGGGACCCUGGAGAAGGCGUGGCACGCCUUCAUGCAGGCCGCCGACCGCCUCAGCGAGCUGCACGCGGAGCUCCGGGAGCGGCUGGCGGGCGAGGACAGCGAGAAGAUGCGGGACUGGCAGAAGAACGCCUUCCACAAGCAGAUGAUCGGAGGCUUCAGGGAGACCAAGGACGCGGACGACGGAUUCAGGAAAGCUCAGAAACCUUGGGUCCGCAAGCUGAAGGAGGUUGAAUCCAGUAAGAAGAGCUACCAUCAGGCCCGGAAGGAGGAGUGGACAGCCCUCACCAGGGAAACGCACGCCAAGGCCGACCCGUCCAAAUCACAGGAGGAGGUCCGCAAAUACUCGGUGCGGGCGGAGCGCUGCAACCAGGAGGCCGAGAAGGCGAAGGAGCGUUACAGCAAGGCGCUGGAGGAGCUGAACCGCUGCAACCCGCGCUACAUGGAGGACAUGGAGCAGGUGUUCGACCUGACGCAGGAGGCCGAGCGCAAGAGGCUGCGCUUCUUCAAAGAAGUCCUGCUGGACAUCCACACGCACCUCGACCUGUCCGCCAAGGAGAGCUUUAAGAACCUGUACCUGGACCUGGGUCAGACCAUCCGAGCAGCCAACGACGCCGAAGACCUGCGGUGGUGGAGGAACACCCACGGACCGGGCAUGAGCAUGAACUGGCCCCAGUUUGAGGAGUGGACUCCGGAGGCAAGCCGCACCAUCAGCAGGAAGGAGCGAGGAGGAAACUCUGAGGAGAACGUGGUCACCCUCACCAACAUCGUGUCGUCGGGCGGAGGAGACGUCCCGCCCAGUCCCAUCACAGCGGAUACCGGCAGGGGGAAAGAUUACUCAUCGGACUGGUCGGAUGAGGAGAGUCCCAAGAAGGUGCUGGCGGUGAACGGCGUGGGGGAGGCGGACGACAAAGACGAGGAGGAGCAGGCGGAGGAGGGGGUGCCGGUGAGAGCGCUGUACGAUUACACGGGCCAGGAGUCGGACGAGCUCAGCUUCAAAGCAGGCGACGAGCUGCUGAAGCUCGGAGAGGAGGACGAGCAGGGCUGGUGUAAAGGACGGCUGAGGAGCGGCCAGGUCGGCCUCUACCCCGCCAACUACGUCCAGGUCAUCGCUUCCUGAUGGCUCCGCCCCCCUGGUCAACUCAGCCAAUCCGAACGCUGCACACAGACUGCCCGGAUCAAGUGAAAGCUUCCAGUCCUGACCAGAGUAGACCGUUUCAGGAUCCUGGCUGGGAAUCCUCCUUUACUGUCAUCUGAGCGACAUUUUAGUCGGGCCUUGUUGAGAAAGCCUGUUUUACUCGCCUGACAGAGGAGAGGACAACAGAACUACACCAUCUGCCAGCAGAGUCAUCCAACGCUAGUAGGAAACGCACAAAUGCAUAUUCCCCCCUGCAAAAAGACAGUCAAUCCGCAGCAAGCGGCGCACCAAAAAAAUGGAUUUAUCUUUUAAAUUUAGUCAUUUGAACAUUUUGGAAAAUUUCUACCAUGUCAGAAUAAAAGUCCAGCUCGCAUAAAGCUAGGCCUUAGAGCUGGUUAGCAUAGCUUAGUGUAAUUAUGCUAAGCUCCUGUGCUUAUCGCAAUAUCGCAUCUAAAGUAUUUUGAGAAGCUUUAAUUAACAAAUGCUCCCAUUUCUGCACAUGCGAAACAUGCCGGUGAAAGUUUUUUCCCUCUAGCCUAUAGGUUUUUGUGGAUCUACCACCUAGUGGCCACCAGUGCAAUUGCAUGCUCAAGAUCUUCCUCUCUUGGUUUUAGUGGCUGGAAAAUAGACUUUAAAGGGACAAUGAGUUUUGAUUUUAUACAGGGCUCGGUGAAACAUUUGUCAGUCAGUAUUUUGCUUUCAGUAGGUUGUUGUUGGAACAGUUUCGGUUUAGAGAAUUCAGAGAAAACCUUUUUUGUAAAUAAAGUAAAAGAGACCAUUGUUAACUAACUUGAUGUGACAGCACAAAAUGACAAAGCAUUUUCUGGAAAUGUUAGAAGUCUUUCAUUUAUCCUAAAUUGGUACAAAAACAGAGUCUGAUCUGACUAUGAGUUACCGUCACUCUUUAGAUGUUAAUAAUCAAUAUCUUACCUUCAGUAGAAUCAGAACUUCUCCAGUUAGGAGAUUUUAGGACAACUAGUUCACAGAACCCCAUUGUUUAAAAUAAAUUAAGGUAUUCCUUUGAGAUGAAAAGCCAAAUUCCCGAUAAUCAGUGCCUUAGAUAAUUAGGCCAGAAAAUGUGCAUCGCAUCCCGUAAAUUCACAGCGCCGCUCUUUUUGAAUAAAUACCAUGCAGCAAAUAAACAGCACAGCCCCCGUGUGUCACUGAUCUACAAUCUUCUGCAAAUGAACAGCACCGCCCUGUGGUGGACUGUGGAACUACAUCCUAUUGAUAAACAGCGCCACCCUUUGUUUGACCGUGGAACUACAUCCUAUAAAUGAACUUCAGAUUGACUAAGGAAUUGCAUUUUAUAAAUGUGCAGCACCAUCGUUAGUUGGCUGAAGAAUUACGUACAAUUAACGAACAGCGCCACCCUUUGUUUGACUGUGAAACUACAUCCUAUAAAUGAACAGCGCCACCCUUCAGAUGGACUGAGAAACUGCAUUUCAUAAAUGUGCAGCACCAUCGUUGUUUGGCUGAAGAACUGCAUCCCUUCAAUGAACAACGCCGCCCUACUGUUUGGCCAAAGAACUGCAUGCUCUAAAUAAAGCUCUUCACUCUUUAGACAGUAAUUCUGCUGCUCUGCUGUUUGAAUAAAAAAGAAACAGCUGGGAGAUGGUUUAAUAUUCGGAUACCUGAACGUAAACUGGAUGUUGCCGGCAGCACCGACCUGGUUUCUGUUUCCACCCUCUAGUUUAAUUCGAUCGUAUUUUAAGUUGGCUUUUCAAGUUACUCUGGUUUUGGAUGUGACGCUUUCUUUUUAAAAGAACAAUAACAGUUUAUAUUAACCUCUGAGUAUGGACAGUUUAAUUGUUGCCACUUAUUUCUUAGACAUUUUAAGACUAGAUUUUUUCUUUACAGUCUGUUUCCUUUUCACUAUUCCUCCUGGGGGGUAAUUGUAACCAGCGAGAAGUUUCUUUUUUUAAAAACUGUUUGGCUGUGAACACAACAAAUUGACCUCAGUCACAUAAACCAAGUAUAGAUAAUUCUGUUUU